CGAGCGCCUAGGCUCGAUUUGCGCCGCUCUCUCGUGUCUGGUCUACGUUGCGCAGUCUCCUUUCCCGAACAGCGGCUAGUAAUCGAGCCUAACGAGCGCAAAGCGCGAGUCAACAUGCGGAAGUCCAUGUUUUACCGUAUACCCGGGGGAACUCCCCGUUAUGGACUAUACUGGGAGGCUCCACCCGAAAGUGUUUUUAGGUUGGAGGUAUAUCAAAAGGCAGUGAUUUACAGUAAUGCACUCAAGUUUAGAGAAGGGUAGAGAAAACCGUCACUUUUAGGGACGGUUUUCUAAAAAGGCCCAUUCAACCCUUUUCUCCCUUUCAAACAAACGCACGUAAUAGGUAUUUUAAAUGCACGGUGUGGCUAUAAAUGCCAGGGUAAUGAUCGCGGACACCAUCGUCACGUAAUCUUCCCUUGACCUCUUCUGUGACAUCAGGUUUCACAUUAAUUACGCAAUACCAAUGGGUCAGUCGUUUUGCAACAAGGACCUCUACCGUUUGUAAUUCUCUCCAACACAGCUAUUCAAAAUGAGGAGCAGGAUAGUCGGUACAAUGCGGUGGGUCAAAUUUUUGAUGUUCUUUUUCAACGUGCUGUUCUGGUUGACCAUAGUGGCUCUUGUGGUGAUCGGUGGACUCGGCGAACUCCUGUAUGGCGACUACAAGAACAUCACUCAAACAGGCUUCACCUCGGCCACAGCCAUCCUUAUGGGAGUAGGAUGUGUUAUAGGGGUGUUAGGGUUCGCUGGCUGUUAUGGCGCCAUCAGAGAAAACUACUACACGCUUAAAGUGUUCUCGUACUUGCUGACUUUGCUGUUGAUUGCAGAAAUCGCCCUGGGAUUGUGGUUGUAUUUCGCGCAUUUUAGCCUAGCGAAAUUCCUUAAGGAUUUCCUUGACAAUAUAUUAAGCAAGUACGAGGAAGAUAAAGACAUACAACAUCUAAUUGACAAGAUCCAGCGUGAGUACCACUGCUGCGGCUCAAAAAGCUACAAAGACUGGUUUAACUCGGAGUGGAACAACCAACGUCAGAAAAACAGCGCGCAGAAUUGGGUCAACAGUGUCCCGCGAUCCUGCUGUCUUUCCAACACCACGCAUCUGCCGAGUUGCGGAAACGAUUUGGACACCCCUAACAAACCAGCCGAGAGGUUUGUCCAUACAGAAGGCUGUCUGCUUCGCAAGGAGUUCUUCUCGAAGCAUAUCACGUUUAUGAUUUCGCUCGGCGCAGGCGUGAUGGCGUUACACGUUCUCGCCAUUUUGUUUACGUGUUGUCUGCGUCGCGCAAUCAAACAUUCGUAUAUGUUGCAGCAUGCUGAUGGAAUUUUACUGAUUUCUACUUGAUUUAUUUGUAAAGAGUUGGCAAAGAGAAAUGGGAAAUAUUGCAUACGAAAUAGGAGCUAGAAGGCGUAGAGCUUCAAUUUUACUUGCCACACAAUUUUUAUCCGUCACGCAAUCGUUACUCAUCGUGAAGAACGUUCGAAGAACAUCGGUGCAUGCAGGGGAAUCUACGAAUUUUAUAUAGUGUCUGCCGUCAGUUGUCACGUACUAUGUCACGCAAGCUCUCGUAGGACAUGUCCAUUUAUCAUAAUUUAUAGUAAGAUUUUGAAAUGUAUACUCACCGUUGUUU